AUGUUUAGUCCAUUUCUCACUCGAAGAACAAAGAGCAAAUUUGUGAUAUCCAAGGAAGGAAAUGUUGCCGAGACACUUUACAAGUUUAUUUGGCCAGAGGACGUCCCUGUUCAGUAUGGUGGACUGAGUCGACCCAGUAAUGUCCUUAAUGGUUCACCAAAAUCAGCAUUCGAGUUUACUGUCAAAGGAGGAGAGAAAGUCAACAUACAAAUUGAGGACAUUGAGGCUGGUGCAACAAUAUCAUGGGACAUAGUAGUGGGUGGUUGGGAAUUGGAAUACAGUGCUGAAUUUGUUCCCAUUGCCGAGGCAGCUACACCAUUACUGUGGAGAAACAGAGAAGGAUUGCAGCCGAUGAAGAGGCAAUUCACAGCUCGUUUACGGCCAGAGAAGCAGGAAAAAUGGAGGCCACCUGGAGUAGGGCGUGGAAGAGGAAGAGGUAGAGAGGAUAGCUCCAAAGCAAAAGGCAUUGUUCAAGGUUUGGAUGAUGGAGCUGCUAGAAACACAGGGGGAGGUCAAGGCAAAGAAUCUCAUGAGAACAAGAAAAACAUUUGGCUAACAAAAAACUCCUCUCUCCCCUCAAGAGAGCAAAACAGAUCUCUUUAA